AUGAUGAAUUUCCAAAUUUCAAAGAUUGUAGCAGUUGCGCUGCUCUUUUGCCUGGUUGUCUUCUCUCUUUCUACAUCUGCUUUGGCUAAAACUAAACAUGCAAAGCCGGCAAAAGUAGCACCACUCAAAGUAGGAUUUUACUCGAAAUCAUGUCCACUCGCCGAGAAGAUUGUAAGAAAUGCAGUGAACAAAGCCGUGUCCCUCAAUCCAGGAAUAGCUGCUGGCCUCGUUAGGAUGCAUUUCCACGACUGCUUUGUCAGGGGUUGUGAUGCCCACAGUUCGUUACUGCUGGAUUCGAUGCCUGGAAAACCUGCUGGGGAGAAAGACAAUUCGGCAAAUAACCCAAGUCUUCGAGGGUUCGAGUUAAUUAACGAGGCAAAAGCUCUAAUUGAGGCUAUAUGUCCUGAAACCGUCUCAUGUGCGGACAUUCUUGCAUUUGCUGCUCGAGAUAGUACCCUUAAAGCUGGAGAUAUUUACUACGACGUGCCGGCUGGACGUCGGACCGUGUUUCUUUGA